AUGUCACCUCAUGGCGUAGCACAACGCAGUACAGCGCACCGCACAAAAAUGCAUGUAAAUUGUGACCAAUGUAGAAUGCAUCAACAGCAAAUGGCAAAUCACAUCUUUAGCACAAUCGCUGGCGUUGCUCAGUUCUUCAACUUCAUCCCCGUUUUCGAGCGGCUCGAGCGAAAAUUCGCCCGUGACAAUGCAAUGAAAGCCUUUUAG